UUAAAGCAGGUGGACACUUAAGAGGGAGAACUGGCAGAUCAAGUGAGCCGUCUAAAACUUCAUAAGUAAAUCUGACCUGUUUUACGUCGGUGUCUGACAUUUGAUAAUUGCUACUUAAUUUCACUCUGCUUACUCGCGUACGUCGCGGCAGCGAAGAGUGAGCUGAAUUUUGAUGGAUGUGUGCUGAAACCUGGACGAAGGAGCCGUAAGGUGCUGCAGACAGCAUGAAUUGGGCGGCGCUGUAUGUGCAGCUAGGAGGAGUGAACAGGCAUUCCACCAGCCUGGGAAAGGUCUGGCUGUCAGUGAUCUUCAUCUUCCGCAUCAUGAUUCUGGUGGUGGCGGCAGAGAGCGUGUGGGGCGAUGAACAGUCUGACUUCACAUGCAACACGCAACAGCCCGGCUGCAAGAAUGUGUGCUACGACCAUUUUUUUCCCGUCUCACACAUCCGUCUGUGGUGUCUUCAGCUGAUCUUCGUCUCCACACCUGCACUGCUUGUGGCGAUGCAUGUGGCCUACAGCAAGCGUGAAGCCAAGCGGAGCAUCCUCCGCGCCAGGGGCGACAAAGCUGAGGAUGACCUGAAAACCCUGAAAAACAGGCGCAUCUCCAUUACUGGGCCACUCUGGUGGACAUACGCCAUGAGUCUGCUCUUCCGCCUGAUAUUUGAGGCGGGCUUCAUGUACGGCCUCUACUUUGUCUACGAUGGCUUCCGAAUGCCGCGGCUGGUCAAGUGCGAGCAGUGGCCAUGUCCCAACAAGGUUGACUGUUUCAUCUCCCGUCCAACAGAAAAGACCAUCUUCACCAUCUUCAUGGUGGCUUCCUCGGGCCUUUGCAUCGUUCUCAAUGUGGCAGAGCUGUUUUACCUGAUUGCUAAGGCACUGAUUAGGUGUUCUGGGGACUCUUAUGCUGCCUCAGAUAGAAGGGUCAAGGAUAAGGCCUGCCGACAGAACAUACGGAAUGAGAGGUUGUUGUCCACCACCUUAACGGCUUAACUUCCCCACAAUCCAGCUUUGUUACUCUCUCACAAGAAGACUGGAUAGGACCAUUUGUAUUUGCUUGCUUUUUGUUUUAUUUGUAUUAUAAUUUCUAUCCUCGCCACUCCAAAUAAAACGUGAAAUAAGUGCUGGUUUAGUUUAUGUUCACAGAGAUGCGAUUGAUUUCCUUUUUUUCUCGUUUUUUCAGUACUUCAACUGCCAAAUCAGUGACUUGAGCCAGAGGGCUUGUCCUCGUGGGGACAUCUAGUGGUGCACUUUAGCAUUACACAAAGACUUGCAAAUACACAGACCCAUAGUAUUCCUUCCGUAUAAUUGAAGUGUUAGAUACCCUGCCGUGUAACAAAAGCACUUUCCGCGAUGCAAUAACUUCGUAAAGAUGGCUAUGAAAAAGUCAGAAUCUGAAGAAGGAUUGCCUUUGUCAUUGAUGCUAACUGACACCCUCCAUAUUCUAUGUUACUUAAAACACCUUCACAUCCCAAACUUUCACUUAUGAUUGAAAGCAGAUGAAUAAAUUUGGGUCUAAGGCUAAAUUGCAGGAAAAAAUCUGACAGGAUUAUUAAAUGUUUUCUCUCAGUGAACUUAACUGUGUCAGUUGCUCAGUCAAAAGGGAAGUAUUUAAUUUUGUGUGGCUCUGCCUCUAUAAGUAGGUAUGGCUUAGGACUUAGGUAGUUUUCAGCUUGUGGAUCAAUGAAAUUGGCGUUCAGUGUUAGAAAGCAAAUAGGCUAAUACUCAGCUCCUGUUCUUUUGUUGAUGGAUUUCUAGUUGGUAUAACAGUUAAAGAACUAUACUUAACCAGUUACACCAAGUCCAAGAAACCAAAGCCACAUGCCUCAAACUGUUAUCGUACAGUCAGGUGUAUGUCGUGUACCCUUUGACUUGCUAGUAGCCUACUAUUACACCAGCCUUCCUCCAAGAAGUCUAGUUUAGUAAAGAAUUUAUUAUGUGAAGGAUAAAGGAUUACAAUGAUAACCAAGUAGAGUCAUGUUUAUUGAGUUUUUUUUGAACGUUUAAAGUAGGGGCAGGGAGUUAAUUAUAUUGAAAUUGAUAUCUGAGAAAUAAUUCACUGUAAUGUCUCCUUGCUUUCCGAUUUAAAGGUAUUCAUCUCCUCUCGCCUGCUCAGUGUUUGAAGGUGCUAUACUGAUACAGCAUUCUCUUGCUAGUAUAUAUCUUAUUCCGUCUGGAAGCUUGCGAUACUCUUACAGAUGCCAUUGCUCCCAAUCUUCCAGUCUUUGUGAUAUGCGCACAUGAGAAUAAUUAGAAAAUUUCGUCGUUAGUGACUGACGGUGAGUCUAGGUUAUUCUCCUACUGCGAGAACAUGCUGACAAGUGAGCUCGUCGGGAACCGUAACUGUAGCGAUUUCUAUAUGCAGUCUGAACGUAAGUUUACGGCUUGUAUGUUUGUCCAUAAUAAUGAAAACUAUGUGAUUGUUCACAUGCUGCCCACAAGAAAUCGUUUAAAAUUUAUUUAGUCUAUACAUAGCCUAUAUGUGUGAUAUGACCAUAACAGUGGUCAUAUCUAUGUUAUUUUAUCGUUUAUAAUUGCAUUGUUUAAAAUUUGUAUAUGCAAACUACAAGCUACAUUUUAUUCCAGUGCGAAUACAAAACAUUUUGUUACAACGGCUUUAAUAAAAGUAUCACCUUGGA